CCAGGCGUCGGGUGAUCCACGGAAGUCCUCGAAAGUUGAAAACAAGUCGACGUGACAGCGUGAGCGACAAAUCCUCCGCUACCAACAAUCUGAUUUGUCUAUUAGCCCUUUGAUUGGUCAAGAUGGGCAUGAUAAUUGGGAAAUUUAGAAAAAAGAAGACCACUGUUGAAAUCUUAGAAGGCAUUGACAAGGACAUCACCAAGCUACAGCGGUUUCGGCGCCACAACCAGGAGCUGCAGAAAAAGUUCAUCGCCAGUCUCAUCCUGUACUCCAUCCUCCUGUACAUCAUCUGUGCCGUUGUGUUCUACUUCUGGUACUUCCCCGACACAUGGAAGGAGCGCUUCAUCUACUCGCUGCCCUUGUUGGCCUUCCCCUUCAUAAUUUGGGGGAUCAAGAAAACCCUCCAUUGGUACUUUGUAAAGAGGAUAGCAAGCAAUGAUGUGUCUCUUGGAGAGCUUAGGGAAAAGAAAAAGCAAAUCCUGGAGGAUGUGAUGGAGAAGGAGACGUACAAGAAGGCGAAGGAAAUCCUCGAAAAGUUCGACCCUGCCAGGUUCAAGCAGCUUGAGAAGCCAGCACAACCUUCCCCUCGACUAGUCACACCCUCCCAGGGGUCAGCUCUCCGACAGCGUGUAGCUCCAAGGAUGGCUACCCCAAUUCGGCCCGGUAUCCGGACACCGAUGACGACACCACACCUGCCUCAGUCAGGACAGAGGAUGAGGAUGUCGGCCAAUGGUCAGUUCGUGCCUGGAUACGGAAGUCCCCCCGGGCCCCCGCUGCCGAGACCGGUGCUGCCCAGAGAGAGGGGCAACUUUGACAAGGUUGUCGAGUAUCUUGUUGGAGAUGGACCACAGAACCGCUAUGCUCUCAUCUGUAAAUAUUGCCAUUCUCACAAUGGAAUGGCCCUGAAAGAAGAGUUUGAAUACCUCAGUUUUCGCUGUUGCUACUGCUAUGCAAUGAACCCAGCCAGGAAGCAGCGGCCACAUGCUCCCAAACUGGAGUUUCCUGCACCUCCCUCGCCAGCAAAGCGCGCUGCACCCCAAGGUCAGCUGAAAGUUGCUGAGGCUAAUGAGGAGGAUGAUGAUGAGGAGGAUAGUGAAUACGAUGAUGAAAAUGAUAGCGAGGAAUCGGGAAGCAGUGGUGAUAAAAAUAAAGAAGGUAGUCAUCUAAUAACUGAAAAUAUAGAAACACAGAAGCCAACAGUUGGCACUUCAUCGGCAAGCACUGCCUCUUCCAAACAAGGUGCAGAAGUCUUGGACAAAAACUUGAAAUUUGCUGAUGAAGACAACGUUGAAGGAGAGCCAAGGGAGGUAAUUCAAUCUAAAGCAAAACAAGCAGAUGAAGACCACAAGCAAGACGUGACAGUGAAAGCAGAGGCCAGGACAGAAUGACCCAUACUUCCAAGUAGAAACUCUAUCAUUAAUCUUCAAACCAAAUGAUGUUAUUUUGUAAAUAUGAAGUUGCUUGUUUUGAAUUCUUGUGUGUUUAGGAUUUGGAAUUGUAUCGAAUGAGUUGUGCCAUGAGAUGUAUUAAAUAUUUGCACCUCAUCCUAGAUGGCGGUGAUUGUAAAGUGAUGCCCUACUUAAGUAUUUAUUGAACAGUUCUUAUGUUUUGUAACUUUUACCUCAUCCUUCGCAGUAUGGAGUUUAUGUUGAUAUUUUCCUGUUAUUUAUUUCUUGACCCAUGCAAGUUAUUUGACCCUGCAGGGUUCGACAAGUACAUUGGUCCACAAACAAUCACCAGUAAACAAUAGUCAGGACAAAAACAAAUUACAUGUCUUAUAGUAUAUUAUAAUUGAGGACCACCCAAUUCUUUGAUAUUACUAUAGUAUAUCUGUCAUUGAUCACUGUGAUGGAUUAAUGAGACUGAUUAAUGAGUGAAUUCGGUCAUUCAUUUCAAGUCGGAAUUCGUGUGUCGAAGUCAAAAUGCGAGACUGUCGGAUUAACAUGUCUAAAUAGCACUGAUUUAAUCAGUUCCCAUCAUUAGUGUUGGAUUAAGCCGAUAGUUGGAUUAACAAGACUUGACUGUAUUAUGCUACUCAAAAGAAAUUAAGGACCACCAAAUUCUUUCCUAUUACUCUAGUUCAUCUGUCAUUGCACACUGAUUGGGUGGUCCUUCACUUCAUUGCAUAACAGGGGCGGUCGGGUAGCCCAGUGGUUAAAGCGUUCGCUCGUCACGCCGAAGACCCGGGUUCAAUUCCCGACAUGGGUACAAUGUGUGAAGCCCAUUUCUGGUGUCCCCCGCCGUGAUAUUGCUGGAAUAUUGCUAAAAGCAGCGUAAAACCAUACUCACUCACUAUCGUAAUAUGAAGGAGUCAGGUGGUGCUUAACUUAUUUUGAGUGGUAUAAUACAGGUCUGACUGAAAAGCAUAAAAUAAGAAUGAAAUGUCAGUAAAUGACAGAAUGUUUUUAUUCACGGAUUAUGAAAUUGGUUAGAUGGUUUUCUUUAGUUGUCUAGCAGCUUUCUUAUGGGUGUGGUCCUUUUCGCUAGCUCACCACGUUGUUUGUUGAACCCUGCUUAUCAGUUUUUCCCUGUAUAUAUGGCACACAAGGCGGCUUGAGGCUGAAUGAGUUCCCAGUUCCAAAGUAUCUAUACACACUGUUACAUAUGUAUGUUCGGAUGACAUGUAGUGUGGCCUGAAUAGGAAAAAAGGUUUUCGAAUAUCUUUUAUUAUUGCAUGAUGGAAUAUG